GAGCUCUGUGAUUGGACAGAACCUACGUUUCAAACCAAGACGUAGCUCGCUGAUUGGUUGUUACUCUGAACGGACCGCGCUAACGCCGGAGUGGGCAUCAUUGUGUUUUCCCUCCGUUUCGUGCGAAAAGAGAAGAAGCUCAUCUGGCGACAUGGCAGGAGGAAAAGCUGGAAAGGACAGUGGAAAAGCCAAGACAAAAGCAGUCUCCAGAUCACAAAGAGCUGGUCUGCAGUUCCCUGUAGGUCGUAUCCACAGGCACCUGAAGACCCGAACUACGAGCCACGGCCGUGUCGGAGCUACGGCUGCGGUGUACAGCGCCGCUAUCUUGGAGUACCUGACUGCUGAGGUUUUGGAGUUGGCUGGUAAUGCCUCCAAGGAUCUGAAGGUGAAGCGUAUCACACCAAGGCAUUUACAGCUGGCCAUCCGUGGUGAUGAGGAGUUGGACUCACUUAUCAAAGCUACUAUUGCUGGUGGAGGUGUGAUUCCACACAUCCACAAGUCACUGAUUGGAAAGAAGGGCCAGCAGAAAACCGUAUAAAAUGUAUUGAUGUUCGAUUCUGUCUUUGUAUAGAAAUCGGCAUUGAGAGAGCAGUUGCUUUUGUUACGUUUCCCCAUUUGUUUGGUUAUGUUUGGUAAGCGUAGAUUAACACAACAAUGAUUAGAGUUUGACGUACUAUAUUCAUGAUAAUUAAUGGGGGAGGGGGUGUUAAAUGUUGUGGGGUAAGGAAAUGUGAUCAUGGUUUUUGUGUUUAGUUGGGUUAAGGAAUGGUUUUUGUGAGGUCUGGGCUUCAUUAUUGGCUUUUAAAAAUCUGUUUUAUACAUUAAAAAGAUGGGGUUUUUUUUCUAAAUGUUUUGCCUUUUGUGAUUUUCAUUUAACGCGUGUUCCUUAGAAACUCCUCAAAUUAGAUUUACGCUCCGCUAAUCGCUGCAGGAGAUCUAUUAAAAUGAAUCCUGAUAGUCAUUCUUGGAUCUGACAUAAGAGAUUGUGAAUAAAAUUUAUAGAAAACGUU